AUGGCGGAGACGGAAGCGACCCUGCUGCGCCAGUUUCCGCUCUUUCUGCCCCAGAACCGGGAGAAAACCGUGUAUGAAGGCUUCAUUUCGGCUCAGGGAAGAGAUUUCCACCUUAGACUAUUGCUGCCCAAAGACUUGCAGCUGAGGAAUGCAAGAUUACUGUGUAGUUGGCAGCUGAAAACAGUACUUAAUGGAUAUCAUCACAUAGUACAACAGAGAAUGCAGCAAUCUCCUGAUCUAGUGAGUUUUAUGAUGGAGUUGAAGAUGGUUUUGGAAGUUGCUUUAAAGAAUAAAAAAGAACCACAUGAACUAUCUCCUCCUCCCAAGUUCUACUCAAGCCUUAUUGGAGAGAUAAGAACUCUUGGUUGGGAUAAGCUUGUGUCUGUGGAUCCUUGCUUUAGUACCAUCAAGUUAAAAGCAGAUGUUUCUGGUAGAGAGCAUCUAAUCACCGUCAAGUUGAAGGCGAAGUACCCUGCAGAAUCACCAGAUUGUGUUGUGGAUUUUCCUGUUCCAUUUUCUGUUUCCUGGACACCACAGAGCUCCUUAAUAAGCAUUUAUACUCAGUUUUUGGCAGCAGUGGAAUCACUGAAGACAUUCUGGGAUGUAAUGGAUGAAAUUGAUGAGAAGACUUGGGUACUUGAGCCAGAAAAACCUACACGGAGUGCUACAGCACGCAGAAUUGUAUUAGGGAAUAACGUUUCAAUAAAUAUAGAGGUAGACCCCAGGCAUCCCACUAUGCUUCCCGAGUGCUGUUUUCUUGGAGCUGACCAUGUGGUAAAACCCCUGGGAAUUAGGCUGAGCAGAAACAUACACUUGUGGGAUCCAGAAAACAGUCUGUUACAAAAUUUGAAAGAUGUUUUAGAAAUUGACUUUCCAGCUCGUGCUAUCCUGGAAAAAUCUGAUUUUUCUAUGGAUUGUGGGAUUUGUUAUGCCUAUCAACUUGAUGGUGCCAUUCCUGAUCAAGUGUGUGAUAAUUCACAGUGUGGCCAGUCUUUCCAUUAUAUAUGCUUAUAUGAGUGGUUGAGAGGACUACUGACUAGCAGACAGAGUUUUAACAUCAUAUUUGGUGAAUGUCCGUAUUGUAGUAAGCCAAUUACCUUGAAAAUGUCUGGGAGAAAAGCCUGA